AUGCCAAUCGUCGGCCUUGCAGACUGCCUUGCAAACACAUUGACGCCACAUGUCAAUGUCAGUGGGGAAGUUGCCAGUCAAAAGCUUCGAGACGCAUUUGAUGCUUUUUCGUGCACCGUCAAGGAGAUGAGCAUUGUGCGUGCCUACUGUGUCCCAAGCUCUGAAAGCACAACAUGCCAAACUUGCCAGCAAACAAAGUUGCCGCAAAAGCUACUACAAGAGUUCGUAUCAAAGCAUCAAGUGGCCUAUGAGGCCAGUUGGCACGCAUCGAUAUUGGAUCCUGAAGGCGUUUUCACCGUGAAAGAUUUCGCCUUGACUCAUGCUACAACAUUUUUCUGGAAACCUAUCCGUGAAAUCAUCAACGGCAAGAUCUCCUGUGGAGAUUUGGCAGGGAAGUUGUCAGUGUUGUCAUCCAUUUCAGAAGGACUUGGACGCCUUCUGAGCCCAUUUGCAGAUGACCUUCUUCCAAAGAUUGAACACGGUGUGCGAAUUUGGGAGAAGUUUGCAGCUGCAGAGCCGUUAUGGAGAGCAUUCAGCAUUGUGGUAGGAUACGAAGCAGAUUUGGAAAUCUGUGCCGACAUACCCCCAGGACACAUCCCCCUUGAAUGGGGCAUCAAACUAGCCCCAAGAUUUGCUGCGAACAGAAUUGUGAAACAGAUCCAACUCUGUAUUGCGCUUUUCCCAGCGCAGCAUUUGCCCCUGACAAAGCACGCAUAUCUCAGCGUGCAGCUUCAAAAGAUGAUGGAUGAAUUUGCGAAGGAACUUCUGAUGUGGUAUGACAAGAUUCGUGCUCGCUCAAUGAAGGGCAUGAUGAGUGACAUCACCUUGCUUGCGAGCAAAGCUUCCAAGAUAGCGAAGCUCGUCUCAGACCCAGCUGAGAGUGUGGCAUCUGGCCGCUCCGCCUCGAGCCACACAUCGUGCCUGUCUGCACAUGGUGGGCCACACUGCUUCCUGCCAGGGCAUCUCUUCGAGCAUUUGCAGCGGGAGGAUGGGCCAUCACCAGUUUUCAUUCGGGCAAAGGAUCUCAAGAAGGGUACCAAGAUCAUUUCAGCGGAUGGUACCCCUACAGUGGUGACCAAGGUGGAUGGACAGAAGGCCAAUAUAUUGCUUGAGUUGGAGAUUGAUAAUGCAGAACCUUUCAUCACCACCCCGCAGCAUCGCAUUGUGACAUCAGAUGGUGGCAGUCAUGUGAUGUGCAGCGAUGGCGUGGAAAAGAUGGUGAUUGGAAAGAACGAACGCCUUGUCGAGGAGCAAGAGGUUCUGGCCAUUACCUUCAAGCCGGACAAGCCGGUGACUUGCUUCUCAUCAUCCGAGAAGCCCGUUGUGUUGUCCUUGGGCCUCACCCUGAAACCCGCUCGCCGCGGUGGCGCGGAUCGCCGCGUCCGCCGGCGACUUGAAGAAAGUGAGGAUGUGAGUAUGCCUGACACAGCUCCAGGUGAAUACGAGGAUUAAGUAUAGUGCCCAUUGUGCGACUGUGAGAGAGAAUUUUUGGGAUGAAAAGUGUAUUGAAUCUUCAUAUUUUGCAUGCUUUGCAGUGGGUUGUUCACAGAAUGCAC